GCCCUACUAGCCAUAUAUAGACUAGUUUGUUAUUCUGCCGUCUGUGGCCCGUGCACGAGGUUUCGGUGGUGAUGUUAUGGAUGGAAGUCGCGGUUGUUCAACUUGGACCGGGAUACAAACAUGAAUUCCAAAUCGCUGUCGAGGUGUUGACUGUACAUACCGGGCAGUUGCCGCCUCUCAACCCUCCUCGCGAAUUUCCGUUUCUACCUGGCAUGACUCCACGCGACGGCAACAGAGCAGCUUCCUCGAGCUAUGCAUCUCCCCGCCACUUGACCCUCCUCUCACCAACGCUUUGCGACGACCAUACCAGACGAUGGAGCGCGACAAACUAAAAGAGCCCGCCCAGAUUCUCGCGACACGUCCGAACGGCAGAUCUACAGCACCACUUGUUAUCAACAGAAACGGCCCGAGGAGGAGCCUGUUUACCGGCCUCGACUCCGAGGACGGUCGUGCUGCCGAGAAUGCUGGGACCGUUCCUGUGGCCAGGCCCUUAAGCUCCGCCUCUUCAUCUAGUCGCGGGUCGUCGUCGCCCCGUACCACCAAGAUACCGCGUCCUGCACAGCAGUCGGUUUCGAGCGCACGGAAGCCGUUUUCUUUGAAGGAUGCCUAUAGAAUGGCCACCCAAGAAGAAGAAGAAGACGUUGCUCAAGGCUCGCCUAGCCCGGCCCCGAGGUUAUGGCGGUCAAGGACAACACCAGGAGAGAAGAAGUUUCAAAAAUCGCCCAGUAAAGGGUCGCCGAAGCUGGGGUGGAGACGAAGAGGCACGCGAUCCACGACCGAACAAUUUGGGCGAGAUGACGGGAUGAGCUCCGUAGAGAGUUUCGAAUCUGUAUCACAGCACAGUGAGGUGUCGGAAAGCGAUAUCGACCAAAAAUUAAAGCAGUUCGAGAAGGAUCAGCUGCGCCGAGGGCAAACUGAAGGCAAAAACACCCUCUUCUCAACUCAGAAACUGGGACCGAAGGUUUCUGAGACUGGCGCUCAGCUGUCCAAAAAGGCCAGCAAUAGCAGCCUCGACAGGGCCUCGCCGUCGAGGGGUUACCAGCCCUGGGGUGUUAAAGCCACGUCCAGUCGUGGAUGGCUCAAGCGCAUGAUGGCUUCACCCGAUACGAGUGAUGGUAACCAGGAGUCUGGAGGGCAACCACCUGUCGGCCGAGACAUGCAAACCGAUACCCACAACCCGAAUAGGAGUUUUGCGUGGCAAGCCGAUGAAGAUUUCACCGCUGGAGACCUCCAGGCCUCGGAAAGCCCUCCCGUUAAGGCCGGCAAUCGAUCAAAAUCACGGAAUACUAAGCUCGACGAGAUACGUGCCCUCGAAAUAGAGGCAGCCUUGAAGUUUCCAGAUGAAACUCGGGGGCGCAGCGACGAAAAGGACGAGAUCCAGGAGAAACGCUUCGAGGAUGAGGAUUGCUCGCGUCAAGCUCGUCACAUUGGUCGGACGAACACCAAAAUUGACGAAAUUAGAGCCCGGGAAAUCGAAACUCUGUCCAGAAGAGCUCUUGCGACAGCGAGAUUAGAUGAGAUCCGGGAACUAAAUGCGGAAUUUCGAUCACGGUCACGAUCUUCAUCGCCAGAACUUACUCGGAAACCAGGCCCGGAGUUGCCAGCAAAACACGCUACUUCAGGUGAUGGCAUCCAGGGGAAGGACGGUGAUUCAAAACCGGAGGACGAUGGAGAGCAAAUUCCGAACACUCCGAUUACGGUAUUCAAAAAAACUGGAUCUGUCCCCGCUGCAAAUGCCGGCGAGGGAGCAACUCGGCGCGCGUCAUCGAGUUGGGAAAGGCCAGCUCCCCGUAACGACUCGCACGACCUGUUACGCCUGUUGGCACGCGCCGCAAGCAAUAGUCCAGCGUCAGAACAGCAGGCGGCGCUGGAGGGUGAUGCCAAGGACGACGCUCAGCGAGCCGUUACUGGUCUGGAGAAAAGUGACUCUGGUGAUUCAGGAAAGGAAAGAAGACUCGACAGGACAGCAGAUGACCCAAAGCCGAGAGUCGGGUUCGCCGGGUUGCGAAGAGAGCCGUCAAUCGAGUCGACCUCAGACAAGCGGUCGAGUCUCUCGCUUUCCGAUAUCGACCCUACAGAACGGAUAGAAAGGGAAUUGCAAUUAUUUGCGCCGGCGGAGAAUCACUCAGAGAGGGGGUCAUUACGCGCACCUUCUCCCGAUCUAGAGGAUGAGUGUCUCGAAGAAACACCAAGGCCUGCUAGGCCUGAUCCGUUGACAUUACCCACCCCCAAAGUUACCGGUGCAUACGUUGAGACACCAGUAACCAUCAAGGCUGAGAGGGUUGAGGAUGUUCCGCUACCUCAGAUUGUCGAGCCCGAACAGGCCAAGGCCACAUCGGGAAUAUACUCCCUAAGCCGAGGCCGGACGGCAGAACCAUCAACUCGUAGGCUGAUGCAGUCUCGAUCUGCUAAAGGCGGUAGAGAAACGACCCGGCCAACGUCACUACCCACAGGCCGCCGUUCCAGGUCUGUCCCAAGAGCCCAAUCACCGCUGAUGAAUUCGGCUCGACCGCCAACCGUCAAAGAUGACUUGCUGGAGAUUCACCGAGCGCACCAGAUCGAGGACUCAACCUUGGAUGACUUCAGCGAACUGUUUGCUGGGCAAGUGGCCACUUUACCCCAGGCAGAGGAAGAGUUGAAACCAGAAGAAAGUGUCAAGAUAGACGAGAGCGUCUUAGAAGAGAUCUUGAGCCGGGAUAAAGAGCUUGAAAGAUAUGCCAGAAUGAGCAAGGCGUUGAAGUCUGGCCUCCACGACAUACGAACAGCGAAGCGAGGGAUCGAACGACUUGAAGACAAGGUUUCGCAUGCCGAGACCAGGCCGAAAUCAGAAGAGAUCAAAUCAGAAGAGACACGCAGCGCUCAUGCAGCCCACGCAGCCCACGAUAACUGUCCCGUCUGCCUUGCCCAACCUCCUUCCUCCAACAACAUGGUCGCAUACGUUCAUCUUCCGCUUCCCCGCCUGUGGCGCCGGCAACCAAGAUUCAAAUUCACCUUGCUUGGACUCGUCAUCUUCCUUCUCUCCCUCUGGUAUGUCGCCGAGUCAACGAUGUGCUUCUUCUACUGCAAGCCCGACUCCUGCUACCCUGGCCAGCCCUGCGACUGGUCCCACGACGACCCGUUCUGGGGCUACUCCAUCCCGGUCAAACUCGACCAGUGGACGACCGGAGGCAGGGGCAGAACCCUCGCGAGUCGGUGGGGCCUGGACAUAGCCGACUGGAGGGCAGACUUGUGGGACGCGAUUACCGGCACCGACUUCACCAGGGCCGACACCUCCAAUUUCAACUGGGACCAGAGGAGGCAGCAUAGGAGACGCUUGAUGAAACGAGGGCUCAUCAAGCCGGCGGUCGAGCGGCCCGAGGAUAAGGCCAAGCACGAGGCCUGGAGGGCGGCCGCGGCCGCGAAGGAGAAGGCCGACGCGAUGAGAGAGAUGGGCUACGAUGCCGGCGAUGAGGAGAGCAUGAGCGGGGACGAGAAGGUCUCCCGGUGA